AUGUCCACCCAACCCAACAAAUACACCUCCAAGCUCGCCUCCAAACGCAUCCUAAUCAUAGAAGGCUCCUCGGGUCUAGGCUACGCAGCAGCAGGAGCAUCCCUAGAAUACGCCGCCAGCGUACUCCUAGCCUCCUCCAAUCCCUCCAAACUCGCCGCCGCCGAAGCCCGCCUCCGUACAACCUACCCCUCCACCCAAGGCCACCAACUCAAAACCCACACAAUCAACCUCGCAGACCUCGAAAACCUGCACACGAACCUAACCACCCUCCUCGACGAAGCAACUUCCAACGGUACCCUCAAAAUAAACCACAUCCUCUACACCGCAGACGCAGCAUCCCCGCUCCCGUCCCUGAGUGACACGCGACCAUCCCACAUCACCGCGUCCCUCUCCAUGAGAGCGUACGCACCCACGAUCCUAGCUGGCCUCCUCUCCACGGAGAAAUACAUCACCCACGGACCAGAUACUUCGCUAACCCUCACAAACGGCUCCAGCUCCCACCGACCCAUGCCAGGCUGGGCCCUCGCCGACUGCGCCGCCGGCGCAAUGGAAGGGCUCGUCAGGGGUUUGUCUUUUAAUCUCGCCCCCGUACGCGUGAAUCUCGUCUCCUCGGGCCCUGUGACGACGGAGCUGUUCCUGACACUGCCUGAGGCGGCCAUCGAGGGGUUCCGAAGUAAGACGCUGACGGGAAGGCUUGGACGGCCCGAGGACGUGGCGGAGGCGUAUCUGUAUUUGAUGAAGGAUGGGAAUAUCACUGGCGCAACCAUCUUUACUGAAGGUGGAAGAAUCUUGUCGUCGUAG